GAGAAAGGAUCAGAUACACUCCCGAAGAGGAGGAGAGGCUUGAGAGGAAGCACUUUUGGAAAGUUAUCGAUUCGUUUAGAUAUUAUAGACAUUAUAAAUGGUUUAAUGCCACCAGCUGCAAAACCAGGUGCACGCUGAACCCCACUGGAAAACAAGAUGUGGCAACUCAGUUGGGCUACUUUUGGAGUCCAUGUUCACGAGCGGGUGAGCCGUGCAGAGCGACAGUUCCGUACUCUUCCGGAUCACCACCAGAUGCUGCUCCCACAUUUCCUCCCUAACCUGAACAAAAUCCGCAGAUGUAUUGAUCACAAUCAAGAAGUCCUGCAGGCCAUUGUACUCAACUGCAUUCACAUGUUUGAGAAUAUGGAGUACGGAGAAGAUGAUGAUUUAAAGAAAAUACGUCCAUCCUCUACGUUUGACAUGGAUAAGUUGAAAUCAACUAUCAAACAGUUUGUGAGAGACUGGAGUGAAAUUGGAAAAGCUGAAAGGGACACCUGCUACCAGCCUCUUAUCAAUGAGAUUCUGAGAAUCUUUCCAAAGGAUACAUGCAACCCCCGGAAGGUGAAGAUUCUUGUGCCAGGAGCUGGCCUGGGGAGACUAGCCUGGGAGAUAGCCAAGCUGGGAUAUGCAUGCCAAGGAAAUGAAUGGAGCUUCUUUAUGCUUUUCUCCUCCAAUUUUGUUUUAAACAGGUGCACAAAAGUCAAUGAUAUGACCUUGUAUCCCUGGAUCCAUCAGUUCAGUAAUAACAAACAAACAGCUGAUCAAACCCGGCCAGUUCAUUUUCCUGAUGUCAACCCACAGAGUCUCCCACACAAUCCAGAGUUCACUAUGGUUGCUGGGGAUUUUCUGGAGAUUUACACCAAACCUGAUACAUGGGACUGCAUAACAACCUGCUUCUUCAUAGACACUGCUCACAAUGUCAUUGAUUACAUUGAAACCAUUUGGAACAUUCUCAAACCAGGCGGAGUGUGGAUCAACUUGGGGCCGUUGUUAUAUCACUUUGAAAAUAUGGCAAAUGAACUGUCAAUAGAGCUCAGCUAUGAAGAUAUCAAGUCUGUUAUUUUAAAGUAUGGAUUCCAGAUAGAGGUAGAGAGAGACUCUGUUCAGACAACAUACACAGAGAAUGACCAUUCCAUGCUAAAAUACCUCUAUGACUGUGUGUUCUUUGUUGUCAGAAAACCAGUUAAACAUUUACUUCCCAGUGGCUUCUCAGCAGAAAACAGCAGACAAAAACAGGAAUCCUAACAGCAUUGAGAGUAUGACAUGACGACACAUACACUAAAGUAGUCAACCCCAGCAGGAACAGUAAAGAAAAGGGGGAAAACUAACAUUUGGGACGUUUUUUGUUGUUGGUGGAAUCGAUAUGCUAUCCCUUGGAACUUUCUUGGUUUACUAUUGUUGUGCACAUAAGUCUACAGAGGAUCAGCUUGAAUUGUCAAUCAAAUGACCAAUCAUAAAUUAGUUUCACCUUUGGUAACAAUGUAGAAGCUCUGGUGCCUUUUGUUAUGUCCACAGCCUACAUAAACUUAAACAAAUAUGAAUUUUUCAUGUCAUUUUUGAGGUUAUUUUUAUUUUGUAAAAAAAAAAAAAUUAUUUUAGAUUGCAUUAUAAUUGGACAUUACCUCAGUACUUUUCAGUACUGUUCACUUAUCAGCUGCAUAUUUGGUUUUCAUCAGAAUCCUAAUAUACUUGCAAUAAAGGGAAUGCAACUCUUUAUGAAUAAUUCUUAAAAGUCCAAAAUGGAAUGUGUUUGAUUAUUCUUAAAGCACGGUGUAAACUGUUUUUAAAAAAUACUUUUUCAUGACAUUAUUAAAAUCUAUUUUAUCCAGAAAAAAAGAAUGCCUUUGUGGUAUAAGUAUUGCAAAUGCCUCUUUCUCUUACGGUAUUGACCCUAGUUUCUACAACCUCAGAUAGCUAAAGGGCCAAAGUAAUUAGAGCUUCCUUCUAACCAAAACAGUUUAGAAAGGCAAAAGAAGCACUAUGUAUGUAGUGUCUCCCCAGAGCGGGUCCAGCACUGCAUGUAUGAUAUAAUGAACUGGGGGGAAGCAGGUUGUUUUGAAUAACCCAUACCAUGCAUGUAUAAACCAUACAGUAACUGUAUUUUAGAGGGUUAUUGCAUAAAUAAAGCUGUUCAUACAUUCCUGCAUUUUACUGCAAUAAGGAAUCUUGGGGAUGCUCUAAAACAAUCCUGGCAGGGUAUAAAUUAAUCAAAUCAACCACUUAAGGCCAUUAACGUGCUGGUUAACAUGAAACUGGAUUGUAUUUGUAAUAGCAAAUGUGACAAUUUGUUGAUGCUGUCUGUAGCAUGUUGUGCUUGGAAUUCAGCCUCAAAAGCCAGCAUUUUCAUGUGCAAAGCAAUUGGUUGCCAUGUAAAUUUACAAUUUUGUGUUUGGUUCAAGAAAUGGCAUCAAGUUACACAAAUACAAUAACUUUAAUACAGAAAUAUUUUGCCAUUACAGGGUUAACAUUGAAAAAUGUGAUCCUCACAUUCAGUUGUUCUAUUAUUUGUAUAGCCACAGUACUGGGUCUCUAUAUACAAUAUAAUGUGUGUAUUAUGUUAUAGAUUGUGAUUCCAUACAGUAACAUACCUUCAUAGGAAAGAACUGUAAAGCUUUUUGUACGUCAAACUAAAAUGCUCAAA